CACCACAACCAAAAUCCUCCAUGAAAUACUUGUGGGCUUGAAAUAUCUUUUAGGAAUGAUGAUGAGUGAAAGUUGAUAUAGAAUAUAAAAAGGGAGAUAUGUGUAGGUUUUGUUAGAGGUAUUUUCUACAUUACAAAGGCAUUUGAAGAUUUUGGUCUUCAAAAAUGAUGAAGGCCAUUCCUUCCAAGGCUUUGGUUAUUAAAAUCAAUUUGAUGUUCCUUGCAUUCUUCUUUGUCAUCUAUGUCACCCUUCUCCUUGGAUCAUCUACUUCCGGCUACCUCGAGUAUCCAGCGACCAUUGUUCGGUGCUCGCUGCGCGAGUGCCACCAGAAGGUUGAAGAUGGUGUAGUAAAGAUGAAGGCAGUCCUAGAAGAGACAACAUUGAAAGGAAAGAGCAAAAUAUUGAAAAGAGAGAAGCCCAGCUUCUUGAGUGAAAUGGGAAGGGUAAGGAAGAUAGGAAUGGUGAACAUGGAUGGAAAAGGUGUGAGUGAAUGGAAAGGCUUUGGGAAAUUUAUACCAGUCCACUUUGAACGUGUCUCGGAGUACCUAGAAUGGAAAGAUUUGUUCCCAGAGUGGAUCGACGAGGAGGAAGAAAGCGAUGUAUCGACGUGCCCAGAGAUACCUAUGCCGGAUUUCAUGGCCUAUGAGGAGAUGGACAUGGUGGUGGCCAAGUUGCCUUGUGAGUAUCCCAAAGAAGGGUGGGGUAGAGAUGUGUUUAGGCUUCAAGUUCAUCUCACAGCAGCUAAUUUGGCAGUGAAGAGGGGGAAGAGGGCUACUGGGAGAAGAAUGAAGAUAUUGUUUUUGAGUCCUUGCAGGCCUAUGAUGGAGCUGUUUCGAUGUGAAGAUAUGGUGAAGAGAGAGGGGGAUUGGUGGUGGUAUGAGCCAGAAAUGAGCAGAUUGGAACAUAAGGUUUCUUUGCCUAUUGGGUCUUGCAAAUUGGCCUUGCCACUCUGGGAAGAAGGAAGCAUUGAUGAGGUAUACAAUCAAUCCCAGCUCAUGACUACAAACCAAGGAAAGAAUGUGACAAGAAGAGAGGCAUAUGUCACGGUUCUUCACUCCUCUGAAGCCUAUGUCUGUGGUGCCAUAGCUCUUGCCCAAAGCAUCCUUGCAACAGGAACCAAGUGUGACCUUGUUAUGUUACUAGACAAAUCCAUCUCUCAACCGAAACGUGCUGUACUUGCUGCCGCCGGAUGGAAAAUUCGAAUGAUCAAACGGAUCAGAAACCCCAAAGCAGAAAAAAAUGCUUACAAUGAAUAUAACUACAGUAAGUUCCGACUAUGGCAGCUCACUGAUUAUGACAAGAUCAUCUUCAUUGACUCCGACAUUGUAGUACUCCGAAACAUGGAUAUCUUAUUCCAUUUUCCCCAAAUGUCGGCGACCGGAAAUGAUGCUUCAAUCUUCAAUUCAGGAAUCAUGGUAAUUGAACCAUCAAAAUGCACCUUUAAAGCUCUAAUGGAAUUGAGGAAGGAGAUAGUAUCAUACAAUGGAGGAGACCAAGGCUUCCUUAAUGAGGUAUUUGUGUGGUGGCAUAGGUGGCCAAGGAGAGUGAACUACUUGAAGAACUUUUGGGCAAACACAACAUUAGAAUCAAGCAUGAAGAAUCAGCUUUUUGCUUCGGAUCCGCCGAAGCUUUAUUCGAUACAUUUCGUUGGAUUAAAGCCUUGGUUAUGUUAUAGAGAUUAUGAUUGUAAUUGGGAUAAAAGUGAUCAACAUGUUUAUGCAAGUGACAUUGCUCAUCAAAGAUGGUGGAAAGUGCAUGAUGCAAUGGAUGGGAAGUUGCAGAAGUUUUGUGCACUCACUAAGCAAAGGAAGAUUGAAUUGGAUUGGGAUAGAAAGAAGGCCAGAGAGAAGGGCUUACAAAAUGGGCAUUGGAGGAUCAACAUUACUGAUCCAAGACGCAAUAAGCAUAACUUGCAAUAAUCUAUUAGUUUCUUUAAUUUGUUGUUAAUUUGUUUUGUAAAACAUAAUUUGUGUGUGUAUAGAUCGUAGAUAUUGAGAACACAUUAUGUUUGUAACAAUUUCUUACUUAUAAAAUACUUGCUCUGAGGCUCUCUUAA